AUGAGUAUUGAAACAGAGAAAGAGAAACCAUCCAUCGAUGAGAAUCAGGAGAAAGAGGCCGGUGCGUUUCGUGGCUAUGUGAGAAUCUUUCAGUAUGGCACAUCCAGUGAGUAUGUGCUGCAACUUGUUGCUACUGCCUGUGCACUUGGUUCUGGCGUUGGCAUGGCGCUGGUCAACCUUGUCUUUGGUGAGUUCAUCACGCUCAUCAUUGACUAUAUUGCGGGCAACUCGGACGCUCCCACCUUUCGCAGUGACGCCGGCCGACUUGGUCUUUACUUCUUCAUUAUUGGCAUUGGGCGAUUUGUCCUCACCUAUGGAUACAGUACAUUGUUCACGAUUGCCGCGUACCGGAUCACGAGAAAUAUACGCCACCUAUAUCUGAAAGCAGGCCUCAGUCAAGAAAUCGCCUUCUUUGACGGUGGAACCAGCGGAUCGAUUGCCAUGCAAGUUACAUCAAACGGGCGACUCAUCCAGGCCGGGAUAUCAGAAAAGCUGGGGCUCGUGGUCCAGGGGAUGUCCGCCUUCAUAUCUGCCUUUGUGCUGGCAUUCGUCACGCAAUGGAAGCUGACUCUCAUCUGCUGUUGCAUUGCUCCGGCCACGCUUCUCGUGAUGGGGGCUAGCUCCACGAUUGAGGCUUCUAUUGAAACUAAAAUCCUCAAUAUUCACGCGCAAGCCGGAAGUUUUGCAGAGAGUAUUUUGUCGAGUGCCCAGACGAUCCACGCCUUUGGGCUUCGAUCGCGACUGGUGGGCGAUUUCGAUACUAAGUUUUUGCAAGCUUCACGAAAUCUCGGAAACAAGAAGAGUCCGCUAUUUGGUUGCUUGUUCUCUGCAGAGUAUUGCAUUAUCUAUGCGGGAUUCGGUUUGUGCUUUUGGCAGGGAAUUGGGAUGAUAGCCAGCGGAGAGGUUGAAGACCCGGGUGAUGUUUUCAUUGUGCUCAUGUCGGUGAUUGUGGCUGCGUCAAGUUUGACCGCCAUAGCGCCGUACCUGAUUGACUUCACCCGCGCUGCUUCAGCAGCUUCAGGGCUAUUCCGGCUCAUGGAUCGCACUUCAAUCAUCAAUCCCUUCGGCAAUUUAGGACAAAAGCCGACGGAGGUGACAGGCAAUGUUGAGUUUGACCACGUCUCAUUCAGCUACCCCACGCGCCCUGGUGUCACAGUGCUGAAUGGUUUCUCGCUGCAUAUUCCUGCUGGCAAAACGACGGCCCUCGUUGGACCAAGCGGGUCUGGAAAGAGUACCAUCAUCGGACUGAUCGAGCGGUGGUAUAACCCAUUGUCAGGAACAGUGAACCUUGAUGGCCAACCCAUCGACUUGCUUAACCUCAAAUGGCUGCGGCAGCAGGUUAGGCUUGUUCAGCAAGAGCCUGUGCUAUUUGCGGGUACUGUCUUCGAAAACAUUGCAAACGGCCUUAUUGGUGCGCCGUGGGAGAACGAAUCGCAACCCAAUAAACUAGCUCGAGUGCAAGAAGCCGCCAAAGUUGCCUUUGCCCAUGAUUUUAUUACCGCCCUCCCAAAUGGUUAUGACACUGUAAUUGGAGAGCGAGGUGGGUUGUUAUCAGGUGGCCAGAAACAGCGAGUUGCAAUUGCUCGAAGCAUUGUCUCACAACCACGAAUUCUUCUUCUCGACGAGGCAACCAGCGCACUUGACCCUCACGCGGAAGGAAUUGUUCAGCAGGCUCUCGACAACGUCUCGCAAGGACGCACAACAAUCACUAUUGCACACAAGCUGGCCACCAUACAGGGUGCUGAUAAUAUUGUAGUUAUGGAAAAGGGCCGUAUUCUUGAGCAAGGCACGCACAGCUCACUCCUGGAAUCCAAUGGUGCCUAUGCGCGACUGGUGCAAGCUCAGGAUCUUUCCGUGCCCUCGCCAGAUUCUGGAGGUAUUUCAGACAGCGUGGAGGAUACGGAUGAGAAAAAGCCGGGUGGAUUUACUGGUGAGUUAACUCGGUACUCAACGUCGACAAGAGGACUUUUGGAGGAGCAGGUUAGUCGGGAUGAUUUCGACAAUUGGGAAAGAAUAGGACUUCUCCACACAGUUUGGCGACUGAUAAAAUCGACCCCCGAGCUUACGUGGACUUAUUUGGUUCUGGUAUUAGGAUGCUUGGGAGCAGCUGCUUCAUAUCCUGGUCAAGCUAUUUUGAUGUCCAGGUUCAUUGAGGUAUUCCAGUUUACUGGAGCAAAAAUGCAGGAAAAAGGAAACUUUUUUGCCCUUAUGUUUCUCGUGCUGGGACUCGGUUCUCUCGUUGUUUAUUUCGUCGUCGGAUGGUCAUCCAACAUUGUGGCACAGACACUAAAUCACAAAUACCGAAAACAAAUUGUCAACGACAUCCUCAAGCAAGACCUGCAAUUCUUUGAUCGUGCUGAAAACAGCACAGGCGCCCUGACAAGCCGAGCAGACUCCUAUCCACAAGCUGUAUUUGAGCUUAUGGGUUUCAAUGUUGCUCUGAUACUCAUUGCAGUCAUGAGUGUAUUGGCUUGCUGCAUUCUUGCCUUGGUUCAUGCAUGGAAACUCGGCCUUGUUAUCGUCUUAGCGGGACUUCCACCCAUGCUGGCAUCCGGCUAUGCUCGUCUUAGAAUGGAGGCCGCAAUGGAUCACAAAAUUUCGAAAAGAUUUUCUGCGAGCGCGUCAAUUGCUUCGGAAGCAGUGAAUGCCAUUAGAACGGUAUCUUCCUUGGCUAUAGAGAAGUCAGUCUUGGAGCGAUACACUCAAGAGUUAGAUAAUGCAAUUUCGGCUUCCGCCAAACCAAUGCUUCUCAUCAUGCUCCCUUUUGCAUUUACUCAGAGUGCUGAGUACUGCUUCCUGGCACUUGGCUUCUGGUAUGGAUGCCGGCUGGUCUCAUUUGGAGACUUGAGUAUGGUGAAUUUCUUCAUUUCAUUCUUGAGUGUAUUCUUUUCUGGUCAGCAAGCUUCAGUGCUCUUUGGCUUCUCGAGCAGCAUGACGAAGGCAACAAAUACGGCCAACUACAUAUUUUGGCUUGAGCAGCUUCAACCCACCAUCCGGGAAACUGAUGAGAAUUGCCACAUCGGCCCCAGCGACUUCAAAUCCCUCGACCUGGAGAAGCUUCAAUUCUCUUAUCCAAUGAGGCCCCAUGCCCACGUACUCCGUGGCGUUGACCUUAAGAUCAAGAAAGGGCAAUUUGUGGCAUUCGUUGGCGCAUCCGGUUGUGGAAAAAGUACCAUGAUAGGCAUGCUCGAGCGUUUCUACGACCCAGUAGUCGGACACCUCAAGAUUGACUCCACGGCACUGGACUCUAUCAACCCGCGGCUGUACCGGGAUCAGGUGGCCCUUGUACAGCAGGAGCCCACUCUCUAUCCCGGCACUAUUCGCGAAAACGUCUCCAUGGGGGUGCCGACAGAAGACGUAUCAACGGUUUCUGACAGAGACAUUGAAGCUGCCUGCCGAGCAGCCAACGCGUGGGAUUUUAUCUCUUCGCUGCCCGAUGGCCCCCAGACCCUCUGUGGAAGCAAUGGCACGCAGCUCUCUGGUGGGCAACGGCAGCGUAUUGCGAUCUCCAGGGCGCUUCUCCGUAACCCACGCCUGCUGCUACUGGAUGAAGCCACAAGUGCAUUAGACACACAGUCGGAGAGAAUUGUGCAAGAUGCGCUGAAUGAGGCAACUUCACAGGGGGAUAGAAUCACGAUUGCAGUCGCCCACCGGUUGUCGACUGUUCGGCAUGCGGAUAUUAUCUGUGUAUUUGAUGGUGGAAGGAUUGUGGAAGCUGGCACCCAUGAGCAGCUACUGGUCAAGGGCAAGCUCUAUCCAAAGAUGUGUGAAGCUCAGAAUUUAGGCACAUGA